AUGAUUGCUGGCUUUUUUACGAGGUUUUUAUUUGCUAUACUGUUACUUUUACCUUAUAGUCAGGGGUUCUUUAACUUUCAAGGUAAUCAAAGACAGCAACAACAGCAACAUCAUCAAAAUGCUAAUCCUGCAGAAGGGUUUUUGAGUCCCCAUGAAGAAAGAGCUUUGUCGAACCAAUGUCCUGGAUAUUUGUGUCCUGACACUGAAGAAUGUGUUGACUCUCCAAGUUCUUGUCCUUGUCCCUUCCCAGGGUCUCAGUUGAAAUGUAGUCUACCUGAUGGUACCUUUGUAUGCAUAUCAAAGCCUGCAACUGAUAAUGAGGAUAUUAACAGAAAAUAUGACGAUCUAAGUGGGAACUCUAAAAUCAAGUUCAAUGGUGUAAGGGAUUGUGGAUGGGUUUAUGAAAUGGCAGUAAAGGGUUUUUCAACAUAA